GGGAACAAGAACAGGGGGAUUAGUGACUUGACCCAGGUCACACUGGAUUUCUUCCUUGGGGCAGUGAAUGCUGAUUGGAAGACAGGAAGUUCCACAGCCAAUCAGGCCUGAUAAAAGGCCUCUGGGAGUGCAGAGGCUCCAGAGUGGACCUGAGAGAGGCACAGCUGUGGAUCCUGGUCCUUUGAUACAGAAGUCAGUCCAGGCUAGCAGCACUGAGACCUGAGGGAGAGACUGUGUGGAAGGUGGCAGACCCUGCAUCAUGAAUUCUCUUUUCGAAGCAAAUGGCACCUUUGCCAUCCAGGUUUUGAAGAUGCUGUGUGAAGACAAACCUUCACAAAAUGUGUUUUUUUCUCCCCUGAGCAUCUCCUCUGCCUUGGGCAUGUUCCUCCUGGGAGCAAAGGGGAACACCAAGGUCCAGAUAGCUCGGGCAAUGUCUUUAAAGAUACAGGAAGACAUCCAUAAGGGCUUCCAGAUGCUUCUCACCCAAGUGAACAAGCCUGGCUCAAAGUACUUACUUAGAACAGCCAAUAGGCUCUUUGGAGAGAAGACCUGUGAUUUCCUCUUGACAUUUAAGGAGUCCUGUCUUCAGUCCUACGACACGGAGCUGGAGCUGCUGUCCUUUGCUAGAGCUAUAGAGAAGUCCAGGAAGCAUAUAAAUUGUUGGGUCUCAAAAGAGAUGAAAGGUAAAAUCCCAGAAGUGCUACCAAAGAACUCAAUUGAUGAGCAGGCCAGGCUGGUUCUUGUCAAUGCCAUCUACUUCAAAGGAACAUGGGAUGAGCCAUUUAACAAAUCAUGUGUGUGCAAAAUGCCUUUCAUAAUAAACAAGGAGGAGUCAAGGCCAGUGGAGAUGAUGUGGCAGAAAGCCAAUUUUAACUACAUCUACAUCAGUGAGGCCCAGACACAGGUGUUGGAGCUGCCCUAUGCUGGCAAGGAGCUGAGCAUGAUCAUCCUGCUCCCAGAUGAGGACAUGGACCUCAGGGUGGUGGAAAAUAGCCUUACUUUUGAGAAAUUCCUAGACUGGACUGAAGCAGCCUCUUUGCAGAAUAUUGAAGUGAAAGUUUUAAUUCCAAGAUUUAAACUGCAGGGAGAUUACAACAUGCAGUCUGUGCUUCAGCAUCUGGGAAUGGUUGAUGUCUUCCAAGAGGGCCAGGCUGACUUGUCUGCAAUGUCAACUGAGACAGACCUGUGUCUGUCCAAGUUUGUGCACAAGAGUGUCUUGGAAAUAAAUGAGGAAGGCACUGAGGCUGUGGCGGGCUCAGGCAUAUACGAUGAAGAAUUCAGCUUUUCAUAUUUACCAUUUUUCAGUGCUGACCACCCCUUCCUUUUCUUCAUCAGGCAUAAUGAAACCAACACUCUUCUAUUCUGUGGCAGGUUCUCAUGUCCCUGAGGUUUGUAAUUCCUCUCCAUGGGGAAUUUCCCUCUUCCAUGUCCCCAAGUUCCCACUACAGUUCAUAAGGAUGGGCCUUUAGGUGAACACCAAGUAGGAAGAUGAGGGCAGGGUCCUAAGCCUUCUGAACAACUUGCCAGUGUGAUCUCAUGAUGCACACACUCAGCUGUCCCCACACUGCCCACUCAUUGUACCACAAACCAGGUCAUGGCCAAUAGGCUGUCCUGAUUCCCUGUUGUAUUAGGAUGAGUGCAGUACAGAUGCCUAGGAUAGCUUGCAAACUUUCCCCAGAUGGCCCUGAACACAUUUCCCAGUCACUCCACAUGCAAUUCCUUCUACUUAUCCUGUGCUUUCCUGUAUUUUAAACUUGUCACACACCUACCUUAGCUGAAUGCCACAAUAGUAAUAAAUGCUGGUAUAUACUGUUACUAUUAUUCAAGUUUAAAGAACAACAAGUUUUAGUCUGGAGGUGUGUCUCAGUGGUAGAGCACUUGCCUAGCAUAUGUGAGGCACUAGGUUUGACCCUGAGCACCACAUAAAAAAUAAAAUAAAUAAAGACAUUAUGUUCAUCUACAAUGAAAAAACCACUUUAAUACACAUUUUAGUUUUGUCUAUCUUUGGCAUUCACCCUUCAUCAUUCAGCACAUAUAUGCUAAGAAUUGUAAUAGAUAACAGGGACACAACAGGACAGAGUCAUGGUCCUUUGAUAUCUGCUCUUUAAUGUGUGUUCCCAAUUUAUAUAGAGUUUAUGACAACCAGAUUGGACAGUUGAAUGGCUUUGAACUGCCAUAUACCCCCCUUGCAGCUAGGACACCUUGCCUGGUGGUAUUGCACUUCUCUACCUCCAGCCCAAAGAGUUAAAAGCCAUUAGCCCUUAAUGUUCAGUUCAACUGUCAUCUUCUUCAAGACGUUACAUCUUUGAACUUUCACAGUAACUGCCCAUGAUAGUUGCAUUGCUUAUUUAUUAAUCAUUUUUAUUAUUAAUCUUUUGACUAGGCCUUAAAGUCUCCAGGAUUUGUUAUUAUAUUCUACUUAUCUUCAUGUUAUAGUGCACUAAUAAAUAAUUUGAUCAUAUAACCACUGUAGUGUUUUUUUAGUUGUUGAAUAUCACCAAGUUUGUUGUUUCUUUUAGACAUUUUUAUCCCAAUGACAUUCACAUUUACACAGUCCAGUGCCAUCUAAUACAUGGCUCAAAGAUGUUGUGCAACCAUAAAGUUUACUGUGUACCCGAAGGUUUUCAUUGUCUCCAAGAAAAACCCAUGUUCGCUAAACAGUGAAUUCUCAUCCCUUCCUCCCUGUAGCCCCUGGCAACCAUGAAUCUGCUUUUUUGUGUCCAUGGAUUUACCUGUUCUGCAUAUUUCAUGUAAAUUGAAUCAUAAAAUAUAUUACCUUUUGUG